UGCAGGACGGCUUCAGUUGUCCACUAACAGCUUUCCAACAGCUAUCAUGCAACUGAUGCAUCUGGCAGUUGCAAUCAUACUUGGAGCUGUGAUACCUCAGAUAUCCAGCUUCAGCAUUUCAUCUCCACCUUCUGACUGUCUGGCUGCUGUGGACACCUGCAUGUCAAAUCUAUGCAAGUGGAGUGAAGAGGCAUUUUACGGCAGCAUCUGUGAGGAUGAAGGGUGCCAAAUAAAAGGCUCAGAGGUCUGUAACUUGACCUUCCAGACUGUACUGGACCAAUUUCCCUCUCUGCACGGGUGUGCAUGUGCCUGGGAGGAGGAGCUUUGUGACUCUAUACAAGCGCUGGCCAUACAAUGCCACCAAAAGCCAGCAGCUCAGAGGAGGAGGAGCACAGUGAUGGACUGGCAGUCAAGCAGUUUAAUAGGCUAUGUACACAAUGGUUCUGCAUCGUGCUUGGACAAAAUGGCAGUUUGUGUCAGUGAUCCAGUUUGCAACAGGUACCUAGCACCUGUCCUUAAGGCAUGCACGGAACAACAGUGUGACCGCGACCUCUGUCAGCAAGUGACUCAUCAGUUCUACGGCAGCAUGCCGCACAAUGUCGCAGAGAUGAUGGUCAUGUGUGAGUGUGAGGCUUUAGAUCAGAGCUGUCUGGAUAUGAAAACUGCUCUGCAUACAGGCACAUGUGGACCACAGACCAGAAUCUGCCAGGAUACAGUUAACCAGUGUGUUGAGGACAGUCACUGCAGAGACCUGUUAAAAACUUUCCGAGCCAAAUGCUGGAGCCCUGAAGAAGCACAAUGCAGCCACAGUGACCUCCAAAAUGAUGAAUGUAUCACACAGAUGGAUUCAGCUCUCAUCCUUGGUGCAGAUCCUGAAUGUAAAAUUGCCUUCUUGGCCACUUUGGGCACAGCACUUCACUAUCCUUGUGCAUGCGAGGGAACACGCAAUAAUGAUCUACUGACGUGCAACAUGAUUCAUGAUGUGUUUCAUAAUAGAUCACGCUUCAUUAAAUCUUGGAAAAGCAGCAGUGGUCCUACUAAACCUCCUGAAAUUGAUGAACCUGAGCAAGUUCAUACAUGGUCACAUGAUUAUCUACUGUAUGCUUUUGCAACUGUGCUACUUGUUGGAGUUGUUACAUUAAUGCCUCUGGCUGUUGUCAUUAAAAUAUGGAUGUUGAGAAGAGACAAAACAAAAUUUCACCAUCCGCAGAAAAGCAAUUGUGUUAUUCCCUGAUGUUUAUUCAUCUGUUAAAUGUUUGUCUUGAAAAUCAUACUUUUUAAAAAUUUCCAAUGUUUUUAUGUUAUUUAUUUUUUCCCACAAUGUUGAUAAGAAUAUAUAUAAAGAAUUAUCCGCAUAUACUUCAUUAUGGCAGCAUCAGAGGUGUCAAAAGUAUUCAC